AUGACCGAUAAAAAAGCUAAAAAGAAAGCUCAACGUGCCACCAGUAAUGUAUUUUCAAUGUUCGAUCAAAAACAAGUACAAGAAUUCAAAGAAGCAUUUGGUCUUAUGGAUCAAGAUCGUGAUGGAACAAUUAGUUUAGAUGAUCUUAAAGAAGUAUUUGCUUCACUUGGCAAAGCACCAAAAGAUUCUGAAUUAAAAGCUAUGCUUGAAGAAGCUCAAGGUCCAAUCAAUUUCACUAUGUUAUUAACAUUAUUUGGAGAUCGAUUGAAUGGUACUGAUGAAGAAAAUGUUAUUUUAAAUGCAUGGAAAAACUUUGAUCCAGAAGCAACUGGAUUUAUUAACACAAAAAGUUUACGAGAAGUUCUUACAGGUGAAGGACGUCCCGAUGAUAGAUUAUCCGAUAUGGAGUUUAGUCAAAUGCUUGAAGGAGCUCCAGUCGAUCCAAAAGGACAGCUUGAUUAUGCUGCAUUUACAAAACAGAUCAAACGUGGCAAAGAAGAUGAUUAA